CGAUUCAUUAAAUCGAAAUUUAGGCAGAAAUGACAUCUUCUUCGCCGAUACGUCUGAAAAUCGAAAUGGACAGUGUACAUCACAUGCAUAAGGGAGACACGGCAUUUCAGUGGCCCGAAAACCAGCGAAGGUACUGGAUAGUAGCCAUGUUUUGUGGCACUUUGUUAUUGUACGCGACGAGAUCAGCUGUUCCGUUGUGUAUGGCAGCCAUGAGCACUGACAUGAACUGGGAUAAGGAGAUCGACGUAAGUUUCGUUAAAUACAGUCUACUGAUCAUGCAUGGUUUUUUUAUAUGUUGUGGUUCAACUUUAUCCUUGGUUUAAUUUUUAUUUUCCUUUGUUCAACUACUUUAUUCCAAGCUCAUUAUCAUACAGUACCAUACCCAAAAACAAACGAAAAUAAACCAAGGAUAAAACCAUUCUUGCCAACCUCCAAAAGGCAAAAAAAUAAAUGUGAGAUAGGCCUUUUGCAUUAGUUGAUCACGUGAUCAACUUUCGGUAAACACGAACAGAGUUCGCCUUUGAAAAAGGUAACCUGUAAAUUUUCAGCCGUAUAUCUCAAAAGUACCAAUUGCAAUAGCCGCAAAAUUAAGAGGAUUGUAUAAGAAAAACAACUCCUGCCACCCAGUCACCCUUGAGUGGUUUUCCAUACAGCUCCUCGUAAAUUCUGAAAUUUUUAAACUGUUGUUAAAUCUUUCCCUUACCCAUUUAAGGGCUCAAAGUGCCUGUUAUGAAUUAAAAGGAGAUUUGAGCCUCUUAAUGCUUAAGGAAAUGUUUCACAAAAGUUUGAAAAUUUCAAAAUUUACAAGGAGUUGUAUGGAAACCAUUCAAGCAUGACUGGGUGGCAAAAGUUGUUUUUCUUAUACAAAUCCUUCUAAUUUUCUGUGGCCGUUGCAAUCACUACUUUUGAGAUAUGUAUGGCUGAAAAUUUACAGGUUGCCUAACUUUAAUAUCCUCUUUCAGCUCAUGCUGACAAGAUUUUUCAAGAGCAAACUGUUUUCGUGUUUACCGAAAGUUGAUCAUGUGAUCAACUAAUACAAAAGGCCUAUUCUGAACCAAGUGAAGAUGGAUAAGUUUCUCUGCCUCUGGGGAGAGGAAAAUUCAUGACUUUGUUUUAAGCAGGCCUUCUGAUAGGGUGCGAUGAAAAAUCAGAAAUUAUGCAGCAUUUUGAGGGCAGAUUGUGCGACAAGAUAGGACUAUUAAGUGAUAAAUUUUGCGAUUUAACCACUUUAAUGUUGUUUAGCAGGCAAUUUGAAUGUAGAGGGAGAAUAAAAUGUCUGUUUUAAAACAAAAAAGUUAAAUUUGUCCAAUUAUCUUGACCCGGAAAAGAAAACAAUUGGAAAGGAAAAAAAAGGACACUGUACGUUGUUUAAUGUUACAUGACGCUGUUACACUGCUGACCACACUGCCGGGAUACUGUGAUCGAAGGUUUCAGAUGUCUUGCAAGGCUCUCUUUAGUGGUAAAUCACCUUAAAUAACAUUAAGAUUGAGAAAACGUUCAAUUUAAGUUAGAAUUCAUUGUUUACUUUACUUGAAUUUAGCUUUUUUUAUGAAUUAGGCGCUUUUCCUCAAAUUGUGCGAUCGGAUACAAUUUGAGGUCAAUUGUGCGAAAUCGCACGAUCUUGUAAUAUCAGAUGGCCUGAUAAGUUCAAUGGAAAGGAUGUGGGGAUUGCAGAUGGCAACCUGACGCCAUAAAUAUUGGAAAUAUUAAUGCAAAAGGGCUCCAUUUUGGUGGGAAAAGUUUGUAGGAAAGCUUUUAGGAUCUUAGGAUUAGAUGAAAGGAAAGGUAAGUGGUUAGUGGAACAAGAUUUUCAUGGAAAUUUUCAGGUCAAUGUUACAUGUUUUUUUUGCCUUUUUCUCUGGUGUCCUUGACUGAAUUGUGCUCAUUCUGGUAUGGUUUGAAAGAUCUCUUCACUCUACACAAGUCAGCGGACAAAGUUAUCCUUGACAAUCAAAACUGAUGACAUCACGAGCGGUAGAAAGGAUGUUGAUCCGCUUGGACGGUUACAGGUCGCUCAAGGGGUAAUGGGUUAAAUUGACCCCUGGUUUAGAGACAGUUGACUGUUCUUUAUUAUUGGGUGCUUCCAUUAAUUUUAUCACAUUGACCAGUUUUAGAACAGCUGAACUAGUUUAAAGGAAAAGAGAACAACAUUGUUGAAUCAAAAUGACUAACUGACUUCUUCCAUAAAAUUACUGCCUGAACUGAACUCGUUUAUAUAAUAUUAAUAUAUUUUUUUGUAAAACCAAGUUUGAGGUGCACAAGCUAUAAAUCAAACAGUAAAAGAAAAAACUUGGUGGGUAAAUUUACAGUGCAGAAAACUCACUUAGUAAGGGUUAUCUUUGCGUGUGCUUCCUGGAAACUGGCCUCAUUCCCAAAUUAUUUGUAUUUUUUUUACAGGGAGCAGUCAUGUCUGCUUUCUUCUGUGGAUAUAUGCCAGCACAAAUUGUUGGUGGAUUUUUAAGUGAUAAAUAUGGAGGGGAAGUGAUUUUAGGGUCUGCAGCAGUUGCUUGGUCAUUAUUAACCCUUGCUGUACCAUUUCUUCCUGUGUCAUCUGUGUUGUUUCUCUCUCCAACCAUGAUGAUGCUAGCAGCAAGAAUGUGCACUGGACUGUUUCAAGGUUAGUGAUCUCAUAAAGUACAUGCCUGGAUAAAAUUAAUUUGCCUGUGAACUGGUAAAGCAGUGUAUCUCUUCCAGUUGGAUUCAAGUUCUCUUUGAAUGGUUAGGGUUUUUUCACAAUCUGUAGUGUGACACUAUUCAAACUCGUAUGGAUAUUCUAUAUUGUGUUGGAAACGGCAGGGGUAUUUUGCAGAAUUUGAAUGGCCACCAAAUGCCAAAUGAGCUCUGAAGUUUAGUGAUUAGCGUUAAGAAAGUGAAUCAGGUUCCAUUUAGGGACACGAUACCAGACAAACUGACUUGAAACUUGAUUCACUUAGUUUCGCAACCCUAAGCACGAAACUUCAGAGUCAUUUGGUACUGGCCAGCCCUUCAGCAUUCUGUAAAAUAUCCCUGCUGUGUUGGAAAUGUUACAGCUUUUUAGAUAUAUGUCCCAAACUUGUUAAGUAGUAACAAUGGAAUACCCCUGAAAUAACUCAUUUUCUUAUUGAUUCUGGAAGGUGUUAAACACAUUGGUGACAUCCUGGAAAGGCUUAUAACGAGGAAGCAAAACCGUGACCCACCCCACCCCACUUUGCAUCUUUGUAUGCAGCUUCUUAUAAAUUUCUAUUUAAAUGUUAUUGGUCCCCAGAUUGUCACGGUCUUUGUUAGACGGUCAUCUCUUCUUUCAUGAAAUUACACUUGAUACACUGCAGGGCUAAAUAAGUAUGGAAUUCCGUUCCUUGCUCCACAUUCACUCACCCUUGCUUUGACCUGUAAUUUGGGUGAUUGGUAAAGAGGGCAUUAUAAGAAAAGAUUAAAGUUUUCUGUAAAAAAGAAACUUCUUUUGUUCAGCAGUACCUGUCUAUGGUAUCAUCAUAGCAUAAAUUAUCAAGUAUAGCUGAAGUUUGGUCUGUGCAGAUCUUACAGUUGAAUCCUGCUUCAAGGACACCCACCUGAUACUAACACCUAGUCAUUACGGACAGUUUUGAUUUUCCCUGCAGAACACCCCAAUGCUUUCUCUAAAUUCAACGCGCUUAAUAUGGACACCCAUUAAUGCGGACAGUGGACACUUUUUUGUUGCCUAAUCAACAGAUUCUCAUAGAAAGUCAACCUUGCUAAUGUGGACAUUUCAUUACUAAUUGGUGCUGCGAUGGAUUUUCCCUUUUUGGAGAUAUAAAAAAACUUCAGUUGACAGCAUGUUGAUGUUCCCAGUGCUACAGUGCACCGGAUAGCAUGAUUUGUAGACGUCAAUUUCAGAUUAUUUUUGCAUCAAAUGAGUUCAGCAGAGAACUUUUUGAAUAAGUAAUAUAUAAAUGACAGAUUUUUGAGUGAUUCAAUGGAUUUAGUCCGCGGAAUGAAGGCUUUGUGAUGGCUUUGAGGAUGCUAAUGUCCUUUAGUAUUUUGUUCCAAUAAAAGGUGUCUUUUGACUUUAACGACAUGACCUGCUCAAUACAGACACUUCAGUGUCCGUAUUAACGGGGUUUGAUUGUACUUAGAUUUAAGCAAUAUAAAACAUUUUCCAUGUUUGCAUAACUGUCGAGAAUUCUCCCAGCCCCUUGAGUGUUCAUAUAAGGCUAUGCAAACACAGGAAAAAAGUUUUCUAUUGCUUUUAUGAAAUAACUUUUUCAAGAAAAAAUGCAAAACUCUUUGUUAUGGCACUGAUUAAAAGAGGAAUUCUUACCAAUUGCAAAGUCCUGUACACAAAGUCUUGCACACGUUAUCAGUUCUUGUUUUGCAAAAAGAUGCUUUCCAAAAUAUGGAUUUUUCUUGCUUAAAAUGUCAGCUUAAGUGAAAAAUAAUUGACAUACCUUGUUUGUAACGAUUUUCCAAGUUUCAGCCGAUGAAGGAAUGGGUAAAUAAAGUAAACUUGUCGAGAUUUGAACUCGAAAACGUUUUCAAAUUUGUGCUUGUGUGAUUAGUGUGCGAAAAGCAAAACAUCUUGAUGCCAUAACCAUGUUUACAUACUCUCAUGCAAACACUCCUCUUAGCCAAUCAGAGUGCGUGUACUGUCUUAGUUAUUUUAGAAAAUAUAAUGGUACCAGUCAGGGACUGUAAAUAUCAAUAGCCUUUCUGGAAGCCCCAGCUCAAUCAUUUUACUCCUGCUUCCUCUUAUUAACUUAAAGACCAAUUUUUUUUUAUUUUGCAGGCCUGCACUAUCCUUCCUUAACAAACAUCAUAGCAAAAAGGAUAUCAGUUAGAGACAGAACAUUUUUAACAAGCACGAUAUUUGCUGGUGGCCCUGUUGGGUAGGUACAGUGUUGUAAUGCUGCUUUUAACUCAGAGCGUCAGAGAAUUGUUGGAUCGCUUUAGGUUUCUCAAAAACUGCCCACCUACCCCUCCCCAAGCCAACAUUUUGCCCUAAGUGAGAAGUAAGUUAUAAUGUUGGCUUAUGUGAGGGGUAGGUGGGCAGUUUCCCAGAAACCUUAAUUGGUCCAAAUUGUUUAACUACAUCAUCUCAAUCAACUCACGAAACUAAUUGUAAGGCCUAAAAAUACUGUAAACUGCCACUAUCUUCAUAAGGGGUUUAAGGAGGGCUUAUAAUGGAAGGGCUUGUAUCAGAACAAGCUAUGGCGGAACUGAUCAAAAUACGUUUUGCAUUCACUGGUUUUUAUACGCUUCAAAAUGUCAUAAUUGAUCAAAUUAAUUUUAAUGCAAGCUAGAGGGUGGCUUAUAUUGGGGUGGGGGGGGGGGGGGGGGGGCUUAUAGUGGGGUUUUUUUUUUGGUUUACAGGUAGAGGGGCCAUAAACGGGGGGGGGGGGGGGGGGGGGUCGGAGGCUUUAUUUCGGGCAACAAAAAUCCUAUGGUUUAAGUUUAUGAAAUUUUGAGGCAAAGAUUCCCUAAAGAAAAGAGAUGGGGGGAUAUCUAUAAUAUUUUUUUUGAUUUUGUUUUUUUUAUUACUAAAAAAAAUAUAAUAAAUUGAUAAAUUUAGUGUUGAGAGGGGGGGGGGGGGGUGUUGUGUGGGGGUGGGGGGGGGGGGGGUGGAGGCUUAUAGUUGGAUGUAUUUUUUAGUUUACAGGUAGAUGGGCCCAUAACUGGGGGAGUGGGGUGAGGGGCUCAGAAGCUUUAGUUCAGGCAAUCAAGAUGCUCAUGGUUAAGUUCAUGAAAUUCUGAGGACAAGAUUCCCCCCAAACGUAAUACCUUUGAGUAAAAUAACAUUGACAGAACUUGCAAUUUUCUUGCAACCGUGUGCUGAACAGAUGCUCAAGGCAAACCAGUGACCUGUAGUCCAAAUAUGACGAAGACGUAAUGGUUUAUGAUUAAAAAGCUGUACUCAUUCAGGGUUGUCAUUAAGAGCCGGGGGCCGGGGAUUUUCCUCGGCUACUAAGAGAGUGGCCCCCGGCCACUUUUAUUGGAAAAUAGAAGAAAAAUAGAACCAAAAGAAAUCCCUAGCCAUUUGAUUCCCCGCCUACUUGUUGUAUUUACCCGGCAACUUGAAAUCUUAGUGACAACCCUGUCAUUGCUAGACAUGGCAAACAGUCUGAGAACAUUUGGCUCACUCAAGCUGAAUUCUUUGCAAGGGGAAAACUUGAAUGCUCAGAAUGCUAUAAAUAACUGGUAAAUGUUGCAGGUUUUGGAAAAAAUCGUUUUACAUGCCAUAACAAUAUGCCAUAUACAUGUAGGAAUUGGAAUUAACGAUUUUUUGCCAUUGAUUUUCCUCACAGAACAUUGUUCAUGGGAAGUGUUGGUUCAAUAUUUCUUUCUCAAUUUGGCUGGCAUAGUGUCUUUAUAUUUCACGGUCUUGUGUCAUUAUUAUGGGCAUACAUUUGGAGAUUCUAUUUACUGUUACCCGAGCAACAACAGUUUGCUCUUGGAAACAUUAAGAUGGUGGAAGCAACUGGUUCUGAAAGGGCAUCUCUAGUAAAUGUGCCAUGGGAAAUAUUUUUAAGACAUCCAGCAGUUUGGUAAGUGGUUUUAGUUACAUAGCCCAUAUUAUGCACAUUCACUGUAUGGGUGUUGUUCAAAACUUUUCUUUCAUUACUUGUACUUUCGGGAAAAAACCUUAAGCAAAGUACCAAACUUUUUGAGAAAAUUCCACUCUUCAGCAUAAAACAACCAAAUCUGGCUAUUAAAAUCAGGUGAAAAAAUUGGCAAAAGGUGAUUUUUAGGUUUUUUGAUUAAAUGACACCUUCAUUAGCCCUUUUACUCCCAGGAGAGGCCAAAGUCGAAAUUAGACCAAAAUUCCAAAUUUCAUUUUGUAUAAUGCUGGAAAACAUACAGUACUAUUUGAAAGUACCACCAAAGAGGUUUCAUUUGAAUGGUCACAUCAUAGGAUUUUGUCCAUAGAAUCAAAAGUUGGCAGACUUACCUCACUAGACUCCAUUGUUUACUCUGCUAAGCGGAAAGAAUUGAGCUGGUGUCUGUUUACAAGGCUUUGGACCAAGGAAACUUGUAGAGAACUUAAAAGCUCAGAACUUGUAUUGUAUGCACAGACUACUGACAAAGAGGUGUAAAAAUUUGUCCAUUUGUUUUUCUCGCGUGCGGCGGGAAUCUUCGGUGUUGGCCGACGGCCGACACAUCUUCGGCCGUAUAGGCCGAAGCCACGAGCGGCGAAGCGAAGCGCGGGUCACUAUAAAAACUUGACAGAAACCGGAAACCGCGCGAGAAAAGUCUCUGGCACCCAGGGUAAAGUUUCCAGGACCUACUCUUAAAUUCCAUGGCUGACACAGUAGAUUGACAGUGCUGAUACAUGUAAUAAAAUGAUUACUUUCCAGUAUAAAAAGUUAAAAUGUGCAUUUGUCUUUUCAGGGGUCUUGUCCUUUCUCAUUUUUGUCAGGGAAUUGCCUUCUGGAAUGUAUUCGCUUGGCUUCCAAUGUACUUUGAAGAGCAUUACCCUGGAAGUAAGGUUAGUUUAAGAUGCUUUACGGUCAUUUCGCUCCCGCGUCAUUUUGCUCCGGUUACUCUGCCCCCUAAGUAACCUUUUGAAAAACAGCGCUUUAAGAAAAACAUACGGUCGAACCUGUAUUAAGCGGUCACCCUCGGGGAAUGGCUAAGUGACCGCUUAAUACAGGGUGACUAACUAAUACAGGUUGCAAGAAAUACAGUUCAAAGAAUUCGAUCUCCAGUGCUGAUCAGAUCAGACGUUUGACCUCAAAUAGAAACAUUCAUUUCUGGCGUUUUAAUGAUUUGCAAAAAUAAACAAGCAAAUCAAUUGUUGUACCUCGUAUGUUACAUUAUUUGAAACUGUAUGAACAAGUAAUUGACACCGAGUGACCGUUCAGUACAGGUCAAGACAACAGAAAAAGUCCCGUUGGGACUUCGCAAAUGGUGACCGCGACCGCUUAAUGGAGGUCGAAAUUACAGUAUAUCAAGUGAAGUGAUUGUCGGGACUUUGAAAACUGACCGCUUAGAAGAAGCGACAUUUCUACAUAUUUACAGAGUUUCGAGAAACAUAAUCUAUUUCCCAUUCUUUUUUUCACCAUUUCUUUCCAUAAAGGCAAAGCCUAUUUACCUCGUACCUAGACUGCGAACAGUCUACCCAGACGUCUCUCUCUCUCGAUGAAAAUUUGCCCGCAAAGGAAGAAGGAAGAAAGGAGAAAACGGGCCAGACGUCACUUUGCCUCUCAUUUUUCUCACUCCCAUGGUCCCUUUCGUUUCGUCACCAGUCACCUGCGUGUCACUCGCGUUUGGCACUCGAAUCUAUGCGAAAAACGAAACGCCUUACUUAGGAGGAAGCGGAAAGCCUACAGUUUUACCGGUUCUUAGCUUUGGCUACCUAUGCUAAACUCCCCUGGCUGAUACAAUACUGAUGUUGUUUCUUUUUUGUAGAAAUGGGUAUUUAAUGUUCUUCCAUGGCUUUUGUACUUUCCUGUCGCUUUAACUGUUGGACGUGUUGCUGACUGCAUGAUAAGAAAAGGUGAGGGUGGAAAAUGUUCCUCUCAUCUAGGGCGGCACUGAGUAGGGAUAUUUUCAAACUCCUAUCUGUAGGCUUGCUUACAUCAUGGAUGCUUUCCGCGUGUAAAUUAAGUGGGGUUUCUUGGUGUUGCAGACGAGUGCAAUCACCAAAUGACGUACAUGUAAUUCAAAAGACUGAAAAAGAAAAACUUAACAAUACCCACGCCACAACUCAAAAGCGAGCUCGAUGAUUUCAUGUUGCAGUGAAAACGCCCUUUCUGCCAACCUGCCCAAAUGUUGAUGAUUCUCAUCGGCUAAUUUCUGCGCUGUAGAGUUGACAUAGACCUACCACGGGUCUCUUGGCGGAUAAGUUUUUAAACCAGGCAUUUUAUAAGGUAACUAUUUGCCGUAGAUAUAACAAUAAUAUCACCACAGAAUCGCCGAGUGAAAUCGCAGCAAAACACGCACGAAAAAUCGUCCGUGUAAACGGGUUUUAAGAAAUUUUUGUUUGGGAUGGAAGGUAAGACCUCGGAAAGAGUUUGGUCCUGUUCGCUCUCUACUUCCUAAUAACCCUACUGAAGCAGGUUGCUCUUAAACGAGAUUGGCGAACAGUGAAAAAUAAAUGUUACACGGUCAAAUUUAAAAUGAUGUGAUUCUCAAUGUUCGUGGGAUGUUCAUCAGUCUUAUAGGAAGACAUAUUUCAACUCCUUUCCUUUACAACGAAACACUGUACUUAUAGUACAUCAUAGAUCACCACGUUCAGCUGGUUAUUACACAACGUCCGGAACGCGGAACUAAAAAGACCUAUUUAUUUAUUUAUUUAUUUAUUUUGAGCCAUGAAUUUGUCUGUUAAUAUUUUUGUAUUUCUGUUUGAACAUCCCUACAGGGUUCUCAGUGACGUUUGUUAGAAAAUUUUUUCAGGUAACACAUUUUUUCUAAGAUUACACAUGAAAUAGAAGUGAUGUCUAGAUGUUAUUAGAUGACAUUAUCAUAACCUGAGGGCUGUUCUGAAAAUUUGUAAAUGUAAGCUAAAGAAGACCAUCGCUUUAAAACGCGCGUUACGCCUUGUUGUCGCUGCUUUCCCCUCGAUUUGCACAAGAUGUAAAAAACAAAACUCUGGCACCCAGGGUAAUUUUAUCUCAGUGUUAAAACUAAAAUGUAAGUCUUUAGAGGAUAGGAAACGAGUGCAAAACAAAUGAAUGAAUCAUACUUCCAUUUUUCCCUGCAGACUCUGUCCAUGUGCGGUGGGGCUUUCUUUAUGAUUCUCAUUAACAAGAGUCGAUCAUUCCAUAGUGCACUGUUUUGUAUGAUGAUGGCCAUGAGUCUUAAUGCACUUGGUAAUGCCGGUACACCCGUCACUCCCCAGGACAUGUCACCUAGGUUUGCCGGCACACUCUUUGGUAAGUUUUUUUUUUUGCCUUUAAGGGGCUAAAUCACGAGGGUGAUUGCUCUUUUAGGAUAAUUGUAUGCUGAAAACGUUACUUAGUACCUUUACCUAUAGAUCAUUUUACGUUUCUGGGAGACUGCCCACCUACCCCUCCCCUAAACCAACAUUAACACUUAGUUCUUACUUAGGGCAAAAUGUUGACUUAGGGGAGGGGUGGGUUGGCGUUUUCACAGAAACGUAAAAUGAUCCACAAAAUGCUCCUGUAGAGUUAUGAAGAAGACAUGAGAUAAAUUCCAUCAGAGAGCACUAACCUUAAUAAUUUUUUUUGAUGAUUUUUGCAAGCAUAGCAAUAGCAUUAAAACUUGAAAAAAUUGGCCCAAUUUUUCACAUAAGGUUGGAACGUUCCAUACCGUAUUACAACCCCCAUUUUUUCAAUUUUCAAUUCAUGACUAUCCUUGCAUCUGAGGCAACAGACGACAGGAAACAAGUUUCAAUACGACAUUUUCUCUAUUGAACGUGUAUAAAUGAGGACAUUUCACGUUGUGGUCUAGACUUGCCUACAAGUCGAGCUCAUAGUCUUUCACGAGCGCGAAGCGCGAGCGGUAGAUUUUUUAUGUUUUCUGCGGCAAGAUAAGGGAGAGCGAGAACUUGACUUGUUUCCCCUGCAAAAAGUCAUCUCAAGUGACGUCAUUUUGGCGCGAACUAUUUGCGUCCCUGUCGGUGUGUUGUCGCGUGGGUGUGUCGUCGGGAGCUGUCAAAGUAUGUCAAAACUAACAGAUAACGUACAAAAAUUCCGAUAAGAGAAAGUAAAUAAAGUUAUGUUCAAUACAAAAAAGGGGUAAUGAACGAAAGUGCUGUCUUGUGAUAUUUGUGAGUUCAGUCUGCAGACGUUUCGGGCCGGCGAUGCAAGGUUUCCAUACGCCCUGAAAGAAAACCAGGGAAAACAUAAAAAAAUAAAAAACUUCUUAGUGCGCGCGCUCAAAACAAAACAAGCCGGUAAUGUCUUUUCGCUCCGUGGCUACCAGGAAAAUCCGACCUUUGUAAAGUACUCAAAUGGAGGAAGAUAAAACGCCCACUAAAGCUUUGUAUUAGAGCACAGGCGUUAAAACAAAAUCGAAAUACAACCCGCAAAACAUGCUCAGUUCAAUUGAAUUGGCCACUUAUCUAGAAGAAGUACUGUGAAGUCUAAAGGCAGGCGUUUGUUAUGAGAUGGAUAAUGCCUUGCAGAGCCUGACAGUCUUUUGGUAGAAGGGUUGUUAUGUCUUUAUUAAUUAAUCUCUUGUUGUUAACUUUCAGGUAUAAUGAAUUCUGCUGGAGCGCUUUCGGGUACGUUGAAUUGUUGUAACAUCGCUUAAAUAUUAAGAUUUAAUGACGAAAGAAGUGAAAAAGGUCUUUAAAGAAGAGUUUUCAGUGGAAAUACUCUGUUUGGUAAAACAACUUAUCCUUAGGCAGUUUUUCUUUUUAUUUCGUGAAACAGAGACUAUUGGCCUGAAAGUCCUUGGGGGUGGGGGGUGCUGGUAAGAACCAUGGUUCUUCCGAGAAGAACCAUGGGGACGAAAGGUUGGGUUAAGUACUGACGUGUUAACGAGUAAACCCUUCUGUUUAUUUAUUUAUUUGUUUGUUUUUGUGUUAAGCACUUAUUUCUACGUUACUACAUUACUAAAUUUCUUAUUUAUUUAUUUGCGGUUUGAUUUAACCACUUAUUUGUAUGUCCUUGUCGGGAGAAUUUCUUCCUUCUCAAGUGAAAUAUGUGAUUAAUCUUUCUUUCUUUUUCUUCCAGGAAUUGUUGGUACUUUAAUCACAGGUUAUUUGUUGGAAGUUUUCAAAAGUUGGGACAGUGUUUUCAAUCUAAAUGCUUCAGUACUGGUUGUGGGAGCUUUGGCUUUCCUUUCGUUGGUAACAGCCAAGAAAAUAGCUUGAAUCUACGUGGAGAAUUUAGUCCUCCAAUUUGAAGAGCUAUUUAUUAGAAUAUAUUAUAGUGGCGCCAAACAGUUCGUGUUAUUCAAGCCUCACAUUGCAUCCAGAAUUAAAAUAAUCAUUUCAUGGCGGGAAGGAAUGCCACACGGUUUACUGUAGAGAUAAUUUUUAUGGUUACAUUCUAACUUAAAGGUGUUGAUUUUGGAGGACAACACUUAGAAGACUUAACAUGACGGUAGUUUUUUGCCUAGUCCCUGUCGGCGUUUUCCCGGGCCCUCUCGGUCAAUUCUUCGGUGACGUAUCGCUUGGACCACGUGACCCGAAACGCUUUGGCCCCGCGGAAUAAUGAGGCCUAGGGACUAGCAAGGUAAUUUUGACACCCUGCAAGCAGGGCCUUUUUUUGUCUUCUCGAGUAAGGAGGAGAAAAGGAGGCAGUGGCGGAUCCAGGGGAGGGGCCCGGCGGGCCCGGCUCCCCCUAUUUUUGGACGAAACAGAGGCCCGAAGGGCCGAAUAAAUUUUUUUUUAAGACCGCCUCCCCCCUCCCCCUCCCCCACUUAUCUGAAGGUCUGGAUCCGCCACUGGGAGUCUGCCUGAAUUGCGUCAAGACUUUGAAGUCGCCAACUUCUGGACUAGUCAAUCUUGUUUUCUCUUGUCAAACUUGUUUUCCGAGUGCCAAUAUCCGUUAAUUGAUAAACCGAUGUUAAUAAUUAAGCCCACUGUACCAAGUACACACCUUUUAGGCGUGGGUGCGAAACUGUAUCCCAGUAACAAGCAGCACAUCCCCAACCAAAAUGGAGUGAGUGAGAGAAAGGCUCUUUUAGCAGGGUGUAGUUAUGAUAACAGCAGCAGUAGUAAGUGUUCUUUGAGGCACUUAAAAAUACAGUUUAUUCAUUUUAUCACAACCCAUAGCAAGGAUGAAGCUGCAUUUCAAUAACUCGUAACCUAUUUGAACUCUUAGUCGUGUUUUACCUAAGGCAUAUUCUUUACUUUGGUU